UGAGUGAGCGAGCAGGCAGCUCAGACACACAGAGCAGAGACAGAGAGAGAGACACAGACGGAGAGAGAGAGACUCACAACCACUUGAUCUCACAACCACUAAUAAAGGAAAUUCUUUCACUGUCAGAAACACAAUGGCUUUCCUGUUGGGAAUGUUUGUAGACAAACCCGAAUUCAUCACAGUUUUGAAUGAUAAACAAGUGGAAGCUGGAGCGAACGUCAUUCUUCGCUGUGAAGUAAAUACCACACAAGUGACGGUAACGUGGAAGAAGAACGGCCAAAAACUGAACUGUUUGGAAGGAAAACACAAAAUCAGAUUAAUCCAGAAAUUGUGCUGCUUGGAAAUCCAAAGGGUCGAGGAUGUCGAUGAAGGGAGUUACACUGUCGAAGUGUCCAACAAGCUGGGCAGCGUGUCCUGCUCUGCCACGGUGACCGUUGUAAUCAACAAAUGGAGAACAAUAACUCGAAACUCAGCCGAGAUGGUGAGAUCUCUGAGAAGUUAUCAGGUCUGUGACCGCGUCACUGAGCUCCGUUUCCUCCUCCAUGGUCCAAUCGGAGCAGGAAAAUCCAGCGUCAUAAAUACCAUCAAAACUAUUUUUGAAAACCGUCCGUUUGUUAACUGUCUGGCCGGCGAGUCUGGAGAAAGUGUCACUCUAUACUACGAGAAGUUCACCGUUGGAAGUGAGCGCUCCGGACUUUUACCGUUCGCCUUCUAUGAUGUGAUGGGUCUUGAAGAGGGACAAACAAGAGGGGCACACACUGAUGACAUCAUCAAAGCUUUAAAAGGCCACAUACCGAAUAAUUACAGAUUCCAGGAUUAUCCAAUAACUGAAGACCACAGACACUACAACGCCACUCCGACCCUGAAUGACAGGAUUCACUGCCUGGUCAGUGUUUUACCAGCAGAUAAAAUCUCCCUGAUGGAAAAUGCGGUCAUUGAGAAAAUGAAGUGCAUCAGAAGAGCAGCUACUGAAUUAGGAAUUCCCCAGAUGAUCUUCAUGACCAGAGUUGACAGCGUGUGCAAAAUGACAAAAGACGAUGUGAGCAAGGUGUAUCAAAGCAAGAAGAUCAAGGAAAAGAUGCAGGAGUGCAGUAACAGACUCGGCGUCCCAAUGAACUGCGUCUUCCCUGUGGAGACCUACCACGAGCAGAAUCAGCUGAAUGAGCAUAUAAACUGUCUGAUUCUGGACGCUUUAACUCAGAUUGUAUUCUGGGCGAACGACUAUGCAGAGAAAUGUUCUAGAAAUUAGAACCGUGUAGAAUGAUCCGGGCCACUCAGAGCUGGCUCUGUGUCCAUGUGCGUCCUACAUCGUGACUUGAGUUCUCCGUUCCAUGUCUUAUAGAUAUCCUUUAUUAGUCCCACAGGGAAAUUCGCCCUAUCAGUCCAUGUCUUGUGUGUGUGGUAUAUAUGGUAUGACCAGCUGUAAGGUUUGUGUACCUGCUGUGUGGUGAGUUAAACUAUGUUUGGUGUCCUGUUUUUUUUUUGGCUGGGUCAGUUAGUUUAGGGUUUUGUUUAUUGUUUUCAGCACUGGUCAACCCGUGGUCAGUACUGGUGUUUGCCUUUGUUCAGAACUUAUACUUUUCACCUUCACUCAUCCGGUGUCUAAUUUCUUUUCUUUGUCCUGUUUAAUGCACCAUUAGCUGUAGCCCCUAUACAGCCAUCAUUUACUCAGUCCGUUUGCCGCUCAAAGCUGGACCAGGUCAGAACAGCACCAUCAAACCCCUUUUAAUGCCCUACAGAGGAAACUGUCCUACAGGCAUGACCUACUUGUCUGUUCUGACAUCAGAUCAGCCAGUGGACCGUUUGAUGUUCAUAAGGGAAACUCACUUUACUGGAAGCGCUUUCAGGAUAGAACUGAUUGUCAGAGCAUUCAUUCAGGAAACGAUGCUAUUUUUAUGUCUUCAUGUAGUUACUGCCAAACUCUGUGCCUCAUCUCAUUUCAUGUGUCUUUACUGCUCAAAUCAAAUGUAUUUAGUGGAUAGAAAAUAAAUACAAUAACUAUAAUGACUAUAAUUGUAAUAAGGGUUUGUCACAUUACACCGUACAGUUUGUUCAAAGAGUUAUUAAAAUGUUUAUUUGUUUAUGUUUGCAGGAAGUCAGGAUGUUACUUUCCAUUUUGUGAGUCUGUUGUUUUUAUUGGCUAUUAAAGGUUUUCAUGUUUGAACAUUGA